AGCAGCGAUUUGCGGUAAAAAUAUGAAAACUGUGUUCGAGCGGCGCGGAUUAAAGCGACGAAAAUGCCCGGACAGAAGAGAAGAUAUGACGUACGCUUCCCUCCUAGGCGCAUCAAAAAAAUCAUGCAGAAGGACGCUGAGGUGGGCCGGAUGGCGAUGGCAGUUCCUGUAAUCAUAUCUCGGGCCUUGGAGAUAUUCCUGAAGUCUCUGCUGACCAAAACCUGCGUGAUUACAGAGUCCAAGCUCAGCACUGUUGUGUCUGUGGCUCACAUGAAGCAAUGCAUAGAGUCUGAAAAGCUCUUCCAUUUUCUCAAAGACUUGGUAGCACAAACCACGCCUACAAGCCAGAAGGACAACAGAGGCAUGAGUAUGUGGCCUUUAUACAGGAACAAACAGCAUGAAGUUUCUGUUAAAAAACCACCUGAAGUGGAGGAAAUGGCUCUGCAAGGUAGCCUCGACUCACUUGACAACGACUCGAGUGCCAGCGAGUCGGAGCUCUACAUCUGCUUAUGACUGUGCAACCAGCGGAAGCCGCUGUGAAGUCACAGCAGCGCCUCAUUUCAUUAUGUCACUUCUCCUUACAUUUGUCUUUUGUCUCUGCUGUCCUGGAUCUUGGUCACAAAUAAGUGAGGCUAAGUAAUCACAAUACUUCAGCUGACGUCUACAUACAAGUUGUUUCGUUAGCUCAACUCCAGCUUUUGGUUGCUACGCAGUGACCUGCAUGAGGAGGUGAGACGGUUUCCAUGUCCCAGCACCGAUGAGGUUCGCUAACGUUCCUCCUGCUGAUCCACGCUGGCAGACGCUACACUCGUAAUGAGCAUCAAAUCUAGUCUCAGAGGAACAAGCUGGAGUACAGUCCUGCUCGGCUGCAGGUGACCGGACGUCAUUCUUCCACAUGGGGGGGCAGUUUGGAAUGAAAACAUGCAUCUUCACUACAAUGACUCAAAAUGAGCAAUACAAGUAAAAAAUAAACAUUCAUUUUUUAAACAUUGUUUGUCAAAUAAAAGAAA